UUUUUUAUAAGUUUAAUAAGCUUGUUUUGUUCAUGAAGGAGCAGAUAGUUGGUAAACAACACAGUAAAGCAAUGAAAAUAAAAUUUUUUGUAAAGUUGCAUCCUAAAUUACUUGUUUAAAUCAGUAAUCUGUGUGACACUUUUACAACCAGCUUGUAAUGAGAAAUUUACCAUGUCUUAUGAGGCGUUACAGGAUAAUAAAAAGAAAGCAGAAAGUCUAUAUUUAAAGGAUUUCGUUUCCAAUUACCAACUGCCCCAAAUAGUCACUGUGGAAACAGGGUAUUACGACGCAGAUGAUGGUAUUGCUUUUAGCCAUGGAGAGAAAAUAAAGCUUCAUUCUGUCGAAAAGCAAUUAACAGCCUGUUGUUAUGAUAAACAUGAAAUAUUCCAUCAGAUACCAGCAAAAACCAAGGAAUUAAUAGCACUAGAAGAAGAUAAGUUAUACUGUGAAACACUCGGAGAGUUAAUCACACUUAUACCACUUCCAAGAUAUACAAUAAUUCAAAAUGGAUACUCUCCACUGCUGAACAAUGGUGAAGGAGGAAUAUGCAUUGAAAGUGAAGAUAAGUUAGAAAUCUUAAUCAACAAAGAUGAAAUAGCAACACAAAAACAAAGGAACUUUUUGACUCUACGCAAUGAGGAAGGAAUAGUGUUUGACCUAUCUUUAAGUUGUAAGGCAGGAUUUAAACCUCUUUAUUCACCAGAGAACUAUUAUCUCUCUGACAUACUACCAACCAAGGCAGAAAAGUUAGCACGCCCAGUGUAUUUUAGGUUUAAUAAUGCGCACAGUCCACAAUCAAACCUUCGUGUCUUGAAAUGUGAAGAAGUACGUAACAUGGAGUUUGUAACCGCUUCCGGUGAAGAUAGCACAAAACAAAAUAAAAUAAGUGUGCCGCUGGAGUUCCAAAUUAAGGUGAAACUUGUGGAAGAUGCAAGGAAAGUUGACAGGAAGAUAAAAGAUGAUGGACCGAGAGGCCAACAUGUUAAAGAAAUUGAAAAAUAUGUAGAAACGCCUGAAUUUGAUCAAAUCUAUGAACAAAUUUGUGAAAAGAGUGCACCUAUUACAAAGCAAUCAACACCUUCUCCGUCUAUUUUGGAAAAAAUCAAUUUUUUUGCUUCAAAACAACAUUCUCAAACACAAGAGUCAGAACAUCUUGUGAGUUCAGAGAAUAUAUAUACACCUCUAGUUGGUAUUUUCCAAAUUGAUGACCCCAAUGGCCCAACAGGAACCCAAUCAGCCGCGAUGAAAAACAUACCAAUGGAGAAAGAUGAUUCACAGAAAAAAGUAGCUAAAAUUGAUAACAUGACUGUUGGAGAGAUUUGUCAUGCAUUGAAAGAGUUAAAAUUGCAGAAACAUAUUAAAACAUUUAAGGAGAAUUUAAUUGAUGGUCAAUUUCUAUGCAGUCUCACAGAAGAAGAAUUCAAGGACAUUGGAUUAAACAAAUUUGAAAUAAAAAAACUUCUUAUUUACAGAGAUGGAUGGCGCCCAAAGUUGUAAUAAUACAUGCUGAUCAGAGAAUUUAUGUUUUAAAAGCGUUGAUAAGGAUAUGUGGGUUAAAUAAACUUUCUUCGUAAAGUAAUGACUUAUCUAAUCGGGGAAUAUUGAAAUUUUUUUGCUCAGACGUAUUUCAAGUGCUUCUAAAUCGAUAACCUGCAGUUUUUAAACGCAAUUAUUUAGAUGCUAGAACUUGCAUCAACAAUUAUAUUAAAAAUAUGUAUGGUAUACGUAAAAAGGUCCAACAAUAAAUCAAAAUCAAUCAAAGAAAGUCUUCAGUUCAACAUGAGAAAACAAAAUCAAACACAGUGUACAAGGAUAGAUAUGCACUUUAUAAAUGUCUGGAUCAACACUUGUUUAGUUAAUACUCCUUGUGUAUUUUUUCUUAAGUAAUGAAAAAAAGUAACGAGA